GUAUAUUAUAUUUCUAUCCGAAUGGCAGCAUAGAUUCUGCGUCUACGCCUCAUCCUGCGAUGUUUCAGGUUCCCCCCAACUUUGUACGCUUCACAGUUAUCAUCAGUAUCCAGAUCGUCAUCCUGACAUUUGGAUAUGGAUUCCUUGGUGCGGUUGCCUACCUUGAGUACCUUGCUCCAUCCGAUUCAGUCUGCGAGUUGAUGAAGAACCAUCCUGGAGAGUUAACAAUGGUCGUCACAUUUAUAGCAACUGUACUAUCGGUCACCGCUGCUACGUCUGUCUACCUUUUGCUCUCUCAGACUGAUCAUUCAGUAAGACGUGAUUUUUUCCGCUAGUCUUUUCACGCUCUCAGUCAAAGAGGCACUAAGACAUCGAAUGUGGAAGCCCAUUUCUCUAAUUCAUCUGAGCACUGGUGUCGCUUUGGCACAGGGCUCUCAUAUUCUGAAACACCGAUAUAUAGGCUUGACCAUCUUGACGCUGUUCAUCUUCGGGAUGCUGAAGCUCUUAACGGCCGGGUGGACAACUCUCUUGACACCGACCUACUUCAUGUGGCCAGUACAAUUGAAUGGAUCCGAACUUGACAUAACUGGAAGCGCGUUUGCCGCCUUGCUUCGCCAAGAAUUCCUAGCAAAUGGUCUCACUGACAUCCAGGACAAUGCUUUCGAAAUCCUCGACGUUGGUGCAAUGCUCAGUGGAGUUGCUGCUGCGGGAUUUACCUUUGGUCUUCCUGGGACAUUCAAUUUCAAUGGCGCAAAAUAUAACAUAUCCACUAAGGGGAUUGUGCCCACCAUCGAGGAUUAUUCCGGCUCGGAUGGAGUUCCGGGUGCCAAUGGUACUCGUCUUGGGUUUUCUGGCGGAAAUGUUACGGUUAACACAGGAGCCGUACCUGGAUCACACCUCAGCAUGUAUAUUCCUCAAGGCUUCAACAGGAACUAUUCCAUGUGGCAACAAGGGUUGACAGCCGACGUCAGCUGCCGGGCCAUUGACUCGAGUCAAACGCAGUACAUUUGGGACACUAACAAUUCCUACGUCAUCUAUGCCAAUGCAGCUGCUUCGGACAACUCCAUCACCGGUCUCCGCUUGUGGAAUAUCAGUGCAAACUGUGGUACCAACACGCUGACAACGUACCAAUAUGUGACCAUGGUCGAUGCAAAUGGAAAUGCGAGCUCAUCAGGGAGUGGCUUUCUUCCAUCAGUUGUGUGCCCAGAACCAAUGAAUGUGAAUCAAACUUAUACCAACUUCACCAUUUUUACACAAGGGUUUUACAAGUAUUGGUUCCUUAAAGCAAGCGUGUGCGAUGUGGUUCCCCUAUUGACUACAGUCCGCGCCGAUUAUUCGAAUGAAGAAAUUUCUUCCCAGAUCAUCUCAUCCACUCCUUUCCAGCCAGAAAAUGGCGAGCUACUGUCAUUUAUCGCUUCAGUUGCCAGGUUUCAGUCGAUCAACUCGCAGGGGCUUACGAGCAGCACAAUUGGGGAUACAUUGUACUCCGUUUAUUCCUCGACCACUACCGGAUCCAUCAACAACAAUCUCAAUGACACACUGGUUUACCUUGAGCUCGAAGAUUACUGGCGUGGUGUUGUUGAAUUUUCCGCUACGUUCAUUCGCUCCGCGUUUAUGGCCACAGGUAGCUUCCCAAAUAAUGAGAUCCCGAACAACCUCUCUUCUCAAGUUAAUGGGACCAUGUUCAUAUCGACGAUAGGCUGGGCUCGCUGGGCUAAAACUUCGCCGACAUAUCUGCUCGCUACACUUCCGCUCACCAUUAUCACCAUCCUCACUUUAACCUGCGCGUCGUACAGUAUUCUGGAGGCCUGGAAAGAGCAUGAAGACCGUCUGAAAGAGGAUCAAGAGCGUGCCAAGCUUCAAGAAUUUGCGGGACACUGCAGGAGUCACCGCAGGGCCCACUUCGACGUAUCAAACACUCUUCAUCUCAUUAUGGCAUGCGCUGCCUGGGGAUCUCGUACUCGAAGAUUUCAGCAGGAAUGGGAUCAAGGAAAACGAAGUUGCGAUGGUGAGCUUGUAUGAGUCCGAACCUGGUGUAAAACCCUCCAGAAAGAGGUUUGUGUCCGAACCGGCGGUGGUAUCUCCGGUGUUUAGGGUAUCUCCGGUUUUUGCUUGGUCUUAUUUGACAUUUGUAGUGCAUGAUGUCGAACUAUCAUGAGCAGGUAAAUUUAUUUUAGAUUUUGGCGACAAAAUCUAGAUAGUAACAU